GGCACAAGCUCGCCAGCAAUCGAAAUGAACUUACCGAACAUUCGUUUUGGUUUUCUACUGCUAGCACUGUUUGUAAAAUAUUGUGCCCAAGUUCAAGGUGAACGCAUUUCAGAAACAAAAUGUGAAGAAUAUCGAGCAAAAACUUUAAACAAACAAUCGACAAUUAAGUUGUCUGCUAACCCCACGAUUAUAGACCAUCUAAGUUACAGUUGUUCGAAAACCGUUGAAUUAAUAGUCGGAGGAGAAGCUGCAGGCCGCCGUGAGUUUCCACACCACGCUAUCCUGGGAUGGCCCCGGAAAGAUGAUACGAACGAGUAUGAAUUUCGCUGUGGUGGAUCAUUGAUAAGCGAAUGGUUUGUACUAACGGCUGCCCACUGUUUCAAAACAACUUAUCCUAAAAUAGUACGAUUAGGGGAACACAAUCUGUUAGAUAAAGAUACAUAUUAUGCAGAUUUCGAAAUUUCCGAAUUCGUUUUGCAUCCUAAUUAUGACUUUGGCCGAGUUUACUACGAUAUUGCUCUGAUUAAACUAGAAAACAAGGUGAAUUUCUCCAAUCAUAUCAGGCCGGCUUGUCUUUGGACGGGAACAACAUUCAACUUCACAAAGGUAGUAGCAACUGGUUUUGGAUUAGAUGAUUUUGGUGGAAACCGAAAUGAUGUAUUGCACAAAGUUGGGCUUGAUCUACUGGAAACGGAGAGGUGUAAGGCUCAGUACGGAAGUCAAAGAACAUUUAGGAAAGGUAUAGUGGACAGCCAAAUUUGCAUCGGUAGCCAUGAAGGAAAUAAAGAUACUUGCGGAGGAGAUUCCGGAGGCCCGGUACAGGUUGUAACGGAUCUCAAAGGUUGUCUGUACCAUAUCGUAGGAGUUACAUCAACCGGUUCCUCAUGCGGAAAAGCACCAGGUAUAUAUACUCGUGUUUCGAGCUUCAUCGAUUGGAUAGAAAACAUGAAACUCGUUAAUCGUUCCGAAAAUAAUGUCCGAACCCGGCGUCAUACCUCGAAGCGGAGCGUUUCGGAAGCAAAAGCGCUGACUGUGGGUUACCAGACUCAGUUCAAAGACCUGUUAACUCUGCAAAAGGUUUUGGCGUCCCGCCGCGGAGGAGCAGCCGGAGAGUGGGAUGAAAAAUAA